AUGGAUCAGCCAAGGUCUCCAGCCUCCCAUCCGCCUCCAUGUAAUGCUGAGCGCGAGAGAAUCCGAGAAUUGUCCAGGUAUUACUGUGCAUUAGGUCGCUCAUCAUCAGCAUCGACACCAACCAAGGAUGCUGAUGGAGCCGGGUCGAAUAAUGACGCUCCCCAGGGCGACGAGCAGCCAUCGGCCGGGAAUCUUUCGACGGAUAUCGCCCUAACGGCGUUGGCCCAGCUGGGAGUGCAUCGCUUAAACUGCAACCGAUCCUUCGUCUCCAUAAUUGACGGCGCUAAUCAACACAUCAUCGCCGAAGCUACAGCAUCAAUAUCCUUGCGGGACAGGGACCAGCACUUACCCAAUGAUGGCAUCUAUCUUGGAGCCCGAACUUUGGACUUGGUAUGGGGGGUAUGCCCUCAUACCGUCCAUCUGUUCACCGGACAGGACAUGUCAUGCGCGCUUGAUACCAGCAACAUUACUGCCAAUCAGACUCGCUAUAUCAUCCGAGACUUUACCCAAGAAGAUAACUUCAAAGAUCGCCCGUACGUUCGCGAGUGGCCGCAUAUGCGUUUCUAUGCCGAAGUCCCAUUGUUCAGUCCCUCUGGCUACGUCCUCGGAACUUACUGCGUGGUCGAUGAUAAACCACGCACGGAGUUCAGCGAUGACGAUGUGAAUGUGCUCCAAGAGGUCGCGGAUGCCAUUGCACAGCAUUUGGAAAACGUCCGAAUUGUUCACUACCACGGUCGCUCCGACCGUCUCAUGAAAGGGUUAACAAAUUUUGUCAAAAGCUAUGCAGACUUUGAUCCACUCGAGGUUUCAAACGAUUAUCGGCUCGAAGCAAUGGCCAUCGCUUCUAAUACCAACACCACACCCGUCGACGGGAGAAGGGGGUCUAGUGAAACCACAACGAACCAGCAAUUUGAUUUCGUCACAUCACCCUCCACAAUUCCCUUGGAAGAACCGUCUUCCCUCUCUUUUACCGAACCUGCAUCCGGGCCCACCAGUCCUUCAUCCCUCAACUCGUACUUGUCCGACCGCCGAUUGCCCCCAGGCGGGGAGGAAGACCUCAACGAAGUUUUGAGAACGGGUCUCGAAUCGUCAGCAAAGGGGCAAAAUAAUGACUCCCAGGCCUUCCUCGCAGAGAGCAUGCCAUUGGCAGAUCGUAUCGGGCGCAUAUUUCACAGGGCCAGUGUACUCCUCAGGAAUUCUAUGGACUUGGAUGGUGUAGUUUUCUUCGAUGCAGCUCCUAGUAAUCCUUCAUUUUUACCCUCUGAUGAUCUCGGCGAAUGGGAGCCGCUUCCCAAGACCGCCGUGCCAGAAAUUCCCAUGGCACCACAUCCCAGUCCAUUGGGACAUUCUCCUACGGCGUCCAAGAAAUCAAACAUAUGUUGCGAUAUCCUCAGCAAAUCACUAAAGGAAACACGAGAGAACGACUUCGAUUCGAAGACCGAAAUCACCGUUCGAGAAGAUCUCCUGAACUUACUAGUGGCCUCCUUUCCACAAGGUCAAAUUUUCAACCUUGAUGGCUCUGCGGACAGUGAUGAAUAUCUGUCGCAUGACUUUGGGCUUAACGAUCCUGAAACCCAACGCAAAAUCAUACAGAUGACUACUCGGCAGCUCCAUAAAAUUCUUCCUGGCGCCAACUCGGUCAUUUUCUUUCCGUUGUGGGAUUACCACCAGUCCCGUUGGAUGGCCGGCACUCUUGUUUGGACUCAAGAUAGUCACCGUGCUCUGGGGAGUGAGGAGCUUCACUAUUUCAAAGUAUUUGGUGACUCUAUUGUUUCUGAAGUUUCUCGGGCACAUUGGGCGACAAUCGAGAAAUCCAAGUUUGACUUCAUAUCUUCAAUCAGCCACGAACUUCGAUCGCCGCUCCACGGGAUUUUAGCUAGCGCGGAGCUAUUGCAGGCGACUUCUCUCGAACCAGCCCAAGAGGAAAUGAUGAGGAUGAUUGAGGCAUCAGGCCUAACAUUGUUGGAUACCACUGAUCAUUUGCUUGAUUUCUGCAAGAUAAACAGCAUGACCCGAUUCAAGAAAUCAAGAAAGAAGAAGGACUUGAUUGAGGUGUCGAGCCUAGUAUCUGAGUUUCAUCUUGGACAUUUGGUUGAGGAAGUUGCCGAUAUAUUGUAUACUGGCCAAAAAGCACCGGGAUUGGUCUCCCAGGCUUCUCCCAGAACGUCAUCUAAUCAUAGACGAGCUGUCUCUAGACCCGGUGGCAAUCCGGCCGAUGACAUAUCAGUAGUUGUUCGAAUUGAGCAACGUCACCCCUGGCAAAUUCGAUCCUUGCCGGGGGCAUGGCGGAGAAUUGUGAUGAACCUUCUUGGCAAUGCAAUCAAAUGGACAAAGUUAGGCUUCGUGGAAGUAUCCCUAUCACGAAUGAGGAAUCAAGUCGAGCCCCACAGACCAAUCGCGCACCUCUCAGUUACCGACACUGGCAGUGGGAUCGCACCGGACUUCCUUCGACACAAGCUUUUCACACCUUUCGCUCAAGAAGACUCCCUUUCGGAGGGCGUUGGACUUGGGCUUAGCAUUGUUCGCCAGCUAGUAAGCUCACUUAAUGGCCACGUGAAUGUCAGGAGUGAGCUUGGAAUUGGAACACAAGUCGACGUUUACAUUCCAGUCGAGUAUACCAACAGCCUGGAAUCAACGUCAGCUCUUCAGGAGACUUCUCAGUCAGCCCAACAGAGCUCUACAGCGCCACUUCGAGCUUGUCUGGUUGCUUUCAAUGGAUAUCCUGAUUUGCAAGAAACGCCCACCGGGGUUUUGAGUCUCGAGGCAAAGCGAAAGUUGUCUAUACAGAGCACACUUGCCGAUGUCUUUAUGUCCCAUUUUGGGUGGACCGUUUCCCUGGCAGAAACCCUCGGCGAGGCACGUGGAGACAUUGCAGUUUUCGAAGAGGCCGUCCUGAAGAAAACAACGGAAGGUUUCUUUUCUUUGGAUCAAUUGAUUUCUAUGCGUGAGUUCAAGUACUUCAUUGUAUUGGGAACCAACACCGCUUUCGUUGAAACCUUCCUCCCACCCAAUUUCGUAUGGGUUUCGCAACCAUUUGGACCCCAGAAGAUCCAAAUUGCCAUUCAAAAGCUUUUGGACCUGGAAAAUUCACAGCCUGAGCCUACGCCAGUCACAAUUCCGGCUAUAGACCUUGAACCGUCGCUGGCGAUUUCCGAAGCUCAACCUUCUCCAGCCAGCGACGAUACUGUAGUUGUGACACCACAGACCUCUACCGAGGCCCCUAGCAAUCUCACACUUUCCGAUGCCUUGCCAAUCCGCCCUUCUAAUGAGUUACGGCCCACUCAUGUCCUCGUUGUUGAUGACAACGAUAUCAAUCUCAAGAUUAUGACCACAUUUAUGCGCAAGGUUGGCUGUACUUACGACACCGCAACAAACGGACUGAUUGCUUUGGAGAAGUACAAGGCCUCAGCACAGCGAUUUGAUUUCGUUCUAAUGGACAUCUCAAUGCCCGUCAUGGACGGGCUCGACUCCACACGCAAGAUCCGGCAGCAUGAGAAAGAAAACGGUCUCAAGCCCUCUUCGAUUCUGGCUGUCACCGGUAUCGCCUCAAAUUCCAUGCGACAACAAGGCAUCGCAGCAGGUGUUAAUGACUAUCUAAUCAAACCCCUUUCACUCCAUUUGUUGAAGAAAAUUAUGAGCAUUGCAUGA